UUACUCUAAUUGUUCGUGCAUGGGGGACCGAGAGAAAUUUCAAACACUUAAAGUGUGUUGGUUUGUCUGAUCAUGAUUUCGCUCACUUGGUAAACCCAAUAAAAAAUAUCUCCCGAUACGCAGCUAGUCUAGAGAGAUGGCGGGCAACUUUUGGCAGUCCAGCCACUACCAAGAGUGGUUACUUGACAAGCAGGAGAUCGAGCUGGGCCGCCAGCGAGAUCUGGCCGCCCUCAAGUCCCCCGAGGACCUCCACAAAGUCCACAUCUUCUUUGCCAACUUUAUCCAGUGCCUGGGCGGCGAGUACCUCCGCCUCAGACAGCAAGUAAUCUCCACGGCCAUCGUCUACUACCAGCGCUUCUACUCUCGCCACUCCCUGGGCGACAUCGACCCGCUCCUCCUCUGUCCCACGUGCCUCCACCUCGCCUCCAAGGUAGAAGAGUGCGGGACGAUGCCCCCCAACCAGCUGGUCAUGAAGUGCAAGCUGAUAGUUUGGCAAAAGUACCAGAACAUUCUGAGACCAGACUACCCGUACAGAACCAACCACAUCCUAGAGUGCGAGUUUCUGCUCCUGGAGAUGCUGGACUGCUGCCUUAUUGUCUACCAUCCCUACCGGCCGCUCACGCAGUAUUUGUCUGACCUUGGUCUCCAGGACUCUAUUCUGCCCACCGCCUGGCGUAUCGUCAACGACACCUAUCGAUGUGACGUAAGUCUGAUGUACCCACCCUACUUGAUUGCCCUCACCUGCAUACACAUGGCGGCCGUUGUGACCAAGAAAGACGUGAAGGGAUGGUUCGCAGAGCUCUCGGUCGACAUGGAAAAGAUCCUCGAGAUCACCACGCAGAUCCUUGAUCUCUACAAACUGUGGAAGAAAUACGACGAGGCUAAGGAGGUCCCUGAUCUCCUUACCAGGAUCCCAAAGCCAAAGUUUGUCAAGUCUCCGUCGCCCACUGAGGCUCUCAAGGCCAAGUCAACUCCCUCGCCAAAGAAAUGAGCCCUUGUUCAUUGUUCAUUGUAAUAAUCCGGAUUGCAUUGAUCACCGUCUGGUUUGUGCGCAUGCGCGAUUGUAAUGGGCGGGGCUGGUUCGAGCCACGCCGGAUUGCACAAGAAGUGGAAAUCUCUCUUUGCUGGCUGUUUGUAAUCUUUUGCAGUUCUCAGAGGCACUCAUUUCUUGCCAGACGCCUUGUGCAGAAGGCUAACAAUUCUGUUGUCCGCUACAAAGACUAAAGUUGUCAAGACUGGCAGAGAAAUGGCGUCUGCGGAGAAAGAAACACUCUUCAAGUUUCCUCGAACGCGGCACCUGUUCGACGCCGGGGGAUCUGGCGUCUCCAGAGACGACCUGCUACUGGACGAGGGCGAGGAAGCCGUGUUCUAUUCGGGACGGUCGGCGGGAUCCCGGGCCAGAGGGAGACGACCCGGAGCACCAUCCGGACGACUGGUGUGCAUCGAAGAGAAAGUGGAUGGGGCAAAUCUGGGGAUAUCAGUGGGCGAAGACUUGCAGCUCAGGGUGCAGAACCGCUCCCACUUUGUCAAUUCCAAGACUCACGCCCAGUUCAGUACACUGGAGUCUUGGCUGGAGGAAAACUCCGGAACACUGUAUGAGCUGCUGGAGUCCAAGAACCUCGUCCUGUUUGGAGAGUGGCUCUAUGCCAAGCACUCCAUACACUACACCAGACUCCCGGGCCACUUUAUGGCCUUUGACAUCUUUGACAGGAGUGCGGGGAAGUUUUUCAGCUGGCGAGAGAGGAACCGGCGACUGGAGGGGACCGGGAUACGGUGGUCAGGAGGAUCUCUGAGACAACCAUCGACGGACGGAAAGAUCUGUUGAAGUGGCUGCUGGAUACGCAGAGUGCAUUCUAUGAUGGUCCAGUGGAGGGAGUUUAUCUAAGGAUCGAUGGGGAUGCCCCUGACAAGGCGACCUCGUCUCACGUGUACAACGAGCACAGGGGGAAAAGUAGUGAGACCCGACUUCCUACAAGGCAUUGUGGAGCAGUGGACACGUCAGCAACUCACCAAAAAU